CAGCCCUAUCCAUUUAAAAAAAAUCAGCUCUCAAAUGCAUACGUAUAUUACAUGUAUGAAAAUGAAAAAACAAACAAACCUAGCUAAUGUCCAAAGGAGCAGAGUUCAGUUGUACUUGGCAAUUUCUGUUUGCAACUUGUCCUCGGUGGCAUUGGGCAUCACUCUUUCUUGGUCUUCGCCGGUUAUAUCAAAACUGAAUGGAGAAGUUUCAACCGUUGAUUUGCCAUUGGGCCGACUGAUAACAGACGAAGAGGAAUCCUGGAUUGGUUCCUUGGUGACUCUAGGAGCCGCUUCGGGUCCUUACAUAGGCGCCUUUCUAGCCGAUUCCAUAGGUCGAAAGAAGACUCUUAUAUUUGCAGCGGGAAUUCCCAGCUUCAUUAGUUUCGUCAUCUUAGCUUUCGCAACGAAUUUGUACGUCUAUUAUUUCGCUAGGUAUAUAGGAGGACUUGCUAUAGGAGCCAUUUACACUGCGCUACCCAGUUAUGUAUCCGAAAUAUCGGAAGAUGUUAACAGGGGUGCUACAGGAUGCGCUAUGAAUAUUUUUAUCACAUUAGGACUGAUAUGGUCGUACAGCAUAGGCCCUUUCGUUUCGAUAAGAACGUUUAGUUUGAUUUGUGCCGUCGUUCCUCUAACGUUUAUAAUAUUAUUUUCAUUUUUUCCUGAAAGUCCGUACCAUUACGCGGCUAAAAACGAUUUGGAUAAAGCCCACAAUGCAUUAAGCAAAGUAAGAAUGAAGACGAUCGACGAAAUAAAAGGCGAAAUGAAAACGAUAAAGGACACUGUUGACGGGCAAAUGAAAGACAGAAAAGGCAUCUGUGAUUUAUUCAAAACAUACGGAAGUGUAAAAGCUCUUAUUAUUUGUAUGAGCCUCGUAGCUUUCCAACAAUUUUCCGGUAUAAAUGUGGUAUUAUUUUACACUCAAACAAUUUUUGAAGCAACCGGAAGCAGCAUAUCUUCAAUUUUAUCUUCGUUCAUAAUUGGCUUAGUGCAGUUAAUCCCCAGCGCAAUUACGUCACUUAUUGCGGACUCGUUGGGUCGCAAAGUCACCCUCUUAUUUUCCGCUCUGGGCCAGAUACUGUCCUUGUUUCCUUUAGGUCUUUACUUUUUUUUAAAAGAGAAAGGAAACAAUGUGGAAGCUGUUUACUGGUUACCUGUUACGUGUCUUGUUAUAUACAUUGUAACUUUUCGGGUUGGGUUCGGACCCUUGCCCUGGACCAUAAUGGCCGAGUUAUUCCCACAGAAUAUAAAAACAGCGGCGUGUACGAUUACCGGUUCCUUUUGCUACAUUUUGGCCUUCGUUAUAACCAAGUAUUUCCAAACUGUCACAUAUUACAUAGGAAUGGGAGGGGGGUUUUGGAUUUUCACUGGAUUUUGCAUCUCAUCUUUUUUAUUUAUUUAUUUUUACGUUCCGGAAACGAAACAAAAAAGUUUUUUAGAAAUUCAAGAUAUAUUACAUGGACGUCAUAUAGGCAGAAGCAGAUGUUAAAAAUAACUCUAGUGAAAUUUAGUUAGUCUAAUUAUAAUAACCUACUUAAUUAAAAAACUAUUUGUUGAAAUAAAUUUAAAAGAUAUUCAUGUACCUAGAAUGUUUUGCUCCAUGUGUAUAUUUACGAGUUUUUUAUUUUGUUCAUCGUACUUAACAACAGUUGUACGUGCUGAAUUAUAAAAUAAACGAUUAGACAGUAA